AGCGCUGUUUCCGGCCAGGUUAGGGCUUCAGAGUCUGGCACGCGGCCUCGGCCUCAGGUCAGCCCCAGGUUGGGAGGGUGCUUCGGGAACUUCCGGGCGAGACUGGCGUAUUUCCGGUUAAGAUGGCGGCGUCCACCACAGUCAGGUGCGGGCGACUGUGUCUUUAGGCGCCGCGGCUUCUCGAGGCCCGGGGAAGGUGAGGCUCAGGGAAGUGAGGUCCGCCCCGCUUUGGCUCCCCUCUUUGGAGAGCAGACCCCCAGGAGUCGACCCGUCAGGACGCCAGAGCUACCUCAGCGGUGACCACCCCCUACCCCAAACACAUUCUUCCCUUCACAAACCGUCCAUGGCGGACCAAGGCUCGGGGGGCAGCCGCCUCCCCCUGGCGCUGCCCUCAGCCUCCCAGGGUUGCUCCUCGGGGGGCGGCGGCUCCUCGGCGGGGAACUCGGGCCAUCCUCCGCCCCCGCGAAACCUCCAAGGCCUGCUGCAGAUGGCUAUCACGGCGGGCUCUGAGGAGCCAGACCCCCCUCCAGAACCCAUGAGUGAGGAGAGGCGUCAGUGGCUGCAGGAGGCCAUGUCAGCCGCCUUCCGGGGCCAGCGGGAGGAAGUCGAGCAGAUGAAGAGCUGCCUUCGAGUGCUGUCCCAGCCUACACCCUCCUUGGCUGCUGAGGCUGAGCUGGCCUCCGACCAGCAGGAACGCGAGGGGGCCCUGGAGCUGCUGGCCGACCUGUGUGAAAACAUGGACAACGCUGCAGACUUCUGCCAGCUGUCGGGCAUGCAUCUGCUGGUGGGCCGGUACCUGGAGGCGGGGCCCGCGGGGCUGCGGUGGCGGGCAGCGCAGCUCAUCGGCACGUGCAGCCAGAACGUGGCGGCCAUCCAGGAGCAGGUGCUGGGCCUGGGCGCCCUGCGCAAGUUGCUGCGGCUGCUUGACCGGGACGCCUGCGACCUGGUGCGUGUGAAGGCCCUCUUCGCCAUCUCCUGCCUGGUCCGGGAGCAGGAGGCUGGGCUGCUGCAGUUCCUCCGCCUGGACGGCUUCUCGGUCUUGAUGCGGGCCAUGCAGCAGCAGGUGCAAAAGCUCAAGGUCAAGUCGGCGUUCCUGCUGCAGAACCUGCUGGUGGGCCACCCCGAACACAAAGGGACCCUGUGCUCCAUGGGGAUGGUCCAGCAGCUGGUGGCCCUGAUCCGGACAGAACACAGCCCCUUCCAUGAGCAUGUGCUUGGAGCCCUGUGCAGGUAUGCUGGGGCCUCCGAGGGGGCGAGGCCUGGGGCCGGCGCCCCCACCUCUCGGCUGACACCACUGGGCUCCAGCCCUGCAGCCUCCUCCCCUCUAGGAUUCAGGACUUGGGAGCAUUCCUUUCUCCUCACAUGUGGGGGGCUGACCCGGCAGCCUGGGCAGAGGCGGAGUCUCUCUGACCCCACUCCCCCCGCCCCCGCUGCACACCGGACCUGCAGAUUAGCGUCUGGAAAAGAUGACAGAACAGAGCAGCGGUUGGAGCAGGUGGCAGCUCCCAUGUGUGGAGUGGCUGCAGGCCAGGCUGUGUGCCGGGCGUCUUAGUUCAAGUCUCCCCCU